AACAAUUGCCAUCUCUGCUGGUUUGGCUUGUAAUCAAAUCUAAAAAACUUUAAAUAAAUGUUCUUUAAACAAGCCAGUUUUAUCCAUUAAACCCAAUUUUAUGCCGACAAUGUGGUGAACUGGGAGAUAAGAAAAGGAUUAACCGAACAACAGAGGAACGACACUUCAGCUUUGAGCAUGAGCACCGACAGCGCUGAGGAGACGGGAGCGCACGUAAACAUUCCCCAAAUGGAGAUCAACAUAUCCAACACGAACUCCAAGAACCAGAUCGUUCUGAACGACCUGCUGCUCAUGGAGCUGCUCUGCAAGUACCCCUUCCUUUUAGUCGGUCAAGGGGAGGCCCAAAAGGACGCGGACUACGCCUCCUGGGGAUGGGAGCAGGUGGCCAAGGCCUUCAACCAGAACUACGAGGGCAUCGAGCUGAGCGCUCCGUUCUCCGUGAGCGAGCUGCAGUGGCGGUGGAACAAGCUAAUCUCCCUUACCGGCGCCCUGGCCAAGACCAAGGGGCAGAUCCCCGAGGCCUUGUCGCGGGUGGUUACCGAUGUGCACACUCGGAUGCAGGCGAAGAAACAGCCGGCUGCGCCACGCACCAAGUGCCAGGACUUUCUCCUCCGCCAGCUGCCCUUCCUAGAAUCUCUCUCGGUGUUGGAACGCCGGCGCUUGGAGGUGGAGGUGCUGGACCUCAUCCUGCAGCAGGAACGCCUGGAGAAGGCCACCCACACCAUGGGCCCCAAGGAGCAGGCGGCGGCCCAGAGCGAAUACGACGAGUUCCUCAAGGCAAUUCGGGUCAAGGAGCUCCCGGCAGACACCUUGCUGCGCCUGGCGAUGGACGGAUUCUGCAUUACGCCGCAAAGGCCACCCACUACCGCCAAUGCCAAUAAGUCGGGUAUGGUGAUUAGCAAUGAGCGCGGAGGCCAGGGUGUCAGCAAUGGAUCUAAGGUCGUCGCAAUCAAGACGGAGCCCAAGGGUGAAGCCGCCAGUGCGGCUGCCAAAUCGCCAGGUAAACCCCGCUUCGUGCCACUAAAAAGCGCUAAAUACUACAUAAAAAAGUGCCGAAUUCGGGUGAAGCGAAUGGACCUUGACGAGCACUUGCCACUGGCUUCCAUCCGACGAUCCAAUCGAUCUACGCCGAAAAUCUGACUUGGUUUCGUAUCAAAUGCACAUAAGUUUAUUAAAAAAUACAUUACUAUAAAUUACAACUUAAGGCUAUUGUA